UCUGUCGGACAACAAUUAAAUCCAACAUCGCCGAAUGAGAAUUUACCUCGAAGAAAAUUAAUCAAGCCUAAUUCUAGGCGGUAGGCAGCACAAAGUAACACAUACUAUUUGUAUAAAAUUGCAACUAUGGCACUUUGGUGAUCCUCGUAUAUAUAUAUAUAUGUUGACGAUGCUCUCAUGUUUUGUUACUCAAUACAUUAGGCCUUUAUUUGUUGGAGUAUUUAAUCACAAAAUGUAAUGAAAAGGAAAGGAAAGAAAAUGUCAUUGAUCUCGCCAAUAGUGAAUAGGCUUGUAAGGCUUAUUUCAGCUCAUACAAAAAGGUUAAAGUCCGGAUGUGUCACCGUGUGCCAGCAGUUGGUAUUGUUGAUAUUGAAUUCAAAACACCAGAUUAUCACAAUCUCCCAUAGCCUCAAUUUAUCCAACCUCCACAGGGUGCGCAAUACCCCCAGAGUGCCUGUCUUGGCGGUGCACAUUGCAGUAGAACUGGCCGCUUCCAUUGUUCCAUAAUCGUCGAACACUCGGUGUCCUCCGGGAGAACAUAACAAUCUCUCCGCUUCUGUCAAUCAGCAGUUCUGGCAACUAGCUGUUGGGAGAGACGAGCAGAUGACCCAUGCCGUGUGACGCGGACGAGCCAGGCGCGUGCAUGGGUAUAUAAACAACACCAAAAGACAUCUGUUUCUGUACCACCCAGACUAGAUGUGCGCAAACACACAGGUGUCACGAGGACCACAUGUAGUUUCCAAACCUCACAGGUUGUAAUAUUACAGGAUCCACCCAGGCACCCACACUGCCCUACAGGCUAGUAUAGGCUACAUUUCACAUGCCACUUAAGUGAGACAACAUUAUGGAAAAAGGUAAGCCAUCAACUUGCUCACCGACCACCACAACCAACAUGCCCGACGCCCAUCAGCGGGCUGAACCUUCUCAGUUCCCCGGGACCAGAGCCCUGAGCCCCGGCUCCUCCAAGGUCCUGCUGGCAUACAAAAACGUAACUCAGCACCUGAACUCACCGGGGCUCAAAGCCAGCAUGGGUUUCCUUAAAAUGGUCACGUCUCAGUGGAAGCACCAGGAAAAGAAGGGGAGGGUGGUGCGGUCCCAAAGCACAGCUAGCUGGCUUCCACCUCCCUCCGAUGGCCACACUUGCAAGAGGUCGCCACUGGACCAGCUAUCCGCUCUGGUUCUCCAGGGGCAGAUUCGGUUAGGCGAGGACGAACCAAGGCUCGCCCAGGACUCUCCGCAGGACCCGCUGAGCUCCACCAAGCCUCAGAACUGCAGGCGCAUCGUGGUUCUGGGUGCGCCCCGGGUGGGCAAGACUUCAAUCUUGCGACGGUACCUCUGGGACGGCUUCGUGGAGGAGUACCAGCCCACCUCCGAGGAUUUCCUCCGGAAAAUGUUCCACAUCCGCGGGGAGACGUAUCAGAUCGACGUACUGGACGCCUCCGGAGAGAGGAGCUUCCCGGCGAAACGCAGGCUCUCCAUACUAACCGGUGACAUAUUCCUUCUGGUCUUCACCCUGGACGACCGGAGCUCGUUCGAGGAGGUGUGUGCCCUGCGCACUGAGAUCCUCGCGGCCAAAACCAAGCUCCUCAAGCCCACCAGGCCGGGCCAGAGCGCACGGGUCCCCACGGUAGUCUGCGCUAACAAGGUGGACUUGUCCCCAGCGGAGAGAGUACUUUCCCGGGCAGAGGUGCUCCGAGCCCUCGGUGAGGACUGCGCCUACUUCGAGACCUCCGCCAAAGACCGCACUAAUCUGGAGGAGGUAUUCGAGGCUCUGGCUAAACAGGGCGGGUUGCCAACGGAAACUAGUCCGUCGCAGCACCGCAAAGUUUCGAUUCGGUCGUACCAGGCGCUGAAAGAGUGCAGAGCGGCCGGGAGAGGGAGCCAGGCCACCGUUUGUAAGGCUCCGUGUGGGGCGCUGUAUCCGCUCGCUCGACGGCCGAGUUUCAGCACUGAUCUCCGUCAAGUCCUCGGCCCCUACGGACGGAAGCCGGGCAAGCCGCUGGAGAAGUGUCAGAUUCAGUGAAGGAACCAAAGACAGACUGGACUGGUUUAUAAGGGUGUGUGGAGCGAGGAAAAACAAGCAUGUUUGAUUUCCACAAAUGCAUUCUGCUAAAUGUAGAUAUGACUGUGAAUAGUAUUUGCACCAGGGACUUGAACUCUACUAAUAGCCCACCAAAUGUGCAGAAUUUGUGCAAUUGUGGGUCUCAAUCUAAUGUGAAAUAUAUAUUUUUGAAAUGAAUAAAACAACAUUUUUGAUCAUG